CCCUGCUAUACAUUAGCCGCCGCCUGCGACCUCCAUAAAGGGCUUAGAUCCCCCACGCCUCCCAAGUCUCCAACGACGAAUCUGCCUGAUCACUUUGUAUCCCCGAGGAUCCUGUGGGCUGCCAAGCAGAGCCUCCGCCUUAUCGUCCCACCGGAGGAAGUCAAAUCCUAGAAAAAAAGGGUCAAAGGGUCAAAAGGUUCAAGUGCAAGGUUACAUAGCCCCAGAGCCAAGGGAUCUUGUCACUGUUGUGGCUUAGUUUAGCCCAUAGUCUAGCGGAGCCCCGAGACUUGCCACUGAAUUCGAUUCAGGGACCGUUGAUGGUUAAGCGAUACCCUGACGCAGUCAAGCUCCCCAACAUUUCCGAUCGUUCAAAACCCCCUGCGGUGCUACUACACCCUCCUGUUCGAUCGACACCGUCACCUACCCUGCCAGUCAACCCAGUAGUCGAUCAUGAAGAACACGCUCCUCCUCUCCUUGGCCUGGUUAUCCCAAUCAGCCUAUGCUCUCACCCUCCACGAGCGCGCUGAGCCCGCCACAGUCCAGUAUGAUAUUCAACGGCGACAGGCCUCGGGUCACCAUCGGCACAAACGAUCUAAUCCCGUGUCAUCGGGGAUCACCAACAAUGAAGUGGAUUACACGAUGACCCUUAACCUCGGCACCCCCAAGCAGCAAGUCGAGGUGAUCUUAGAUACUGGCAGUAGCGACCUCUGGGUAAAUGCGCACAACUCAACCUCCAACAACCCUUAUGGCGAUUUCGAUGCAUCCUCCUCCUCCACAUACAAGUACGUCAACGACGACUUUAGGAUUGAGUACGUGGACGGAAGCGCAGCAAUCGGAGACUAUGUGACAGACACUGCCUCCUUCGGGAACGUGACUCUGACGAACUUCCAGUUCGGCGUCGCCGAAAAAAGUAGCACCCAACAGGGUGUACUUGGUAUCGGGUACGCGAGCAGCGAGUUCGCCGAGCUGAUAGACCAUGAGGAGUACGCGAACCUUCCAGAGGCUCUCGUGAACCAAGGCUACAUCCAAUCCACCGCAUACAGUCUCUGGCUGGACGACAUCGACGCGGGCAAGGGCACGAUCCUGUUCGGCGGGAUCAACACCGCCAAGUACAUCGGCAGCCUCCACGCCCUACCCAUCCAAGCCGAGCAAGGCGAAUACACGGAGCUGACCGUCAGUCUGAGCGGGGUGCAUGUCACCAAAUCCGGCAAGGAGAUCAGCAUCAACAACACCGCGUUGCCGGUCCCGGUCGUUCUGGACAGCGGUACCUCGCUGACCUACCUGCCUACGGGGACCGCGCUGGACAUCAUGAACGCGGUGGGCGCCGUCUACUACGAGAGCCAGGGGCUGGCGGUUCUAAGCUGCGACAAGGCGGACACGGACUAUGAGAUCGUUUUCGCCUUCUCCGGCUUCAACCUCUCCAUCAAUCUCGGCGACCUCCUCGUGGAAUCCGCCUUCGGGUACUGCGCCUUCGGCAUCGCCCCGGAAAUCCCCGGCAGCGACGGCGUCUACCUGCUCGGCGACACCUUCCUGCGCAGCGCGUACGUCGUCUACGACCUCGCCAACAACGAGAUCCACCUCGCCAAGACCAACACCAACCCCGGUCCCGACCAUAUCCUCGAGAUCGGCGCGGGAACCAGUGCGGUACCCCAGGUGACCGGCACCGCGAACACCCAAACCGCGGGUGCCACCACCGCCGCGGCGACGGGCCACUCGACCGGUAAGAGUGACUCGGAGGAUAAGAAGGAGAACUCGGCGGCUGUCUCGCGCAGUGACCUCGCAACUCUCCUUCUGGGGUCCUCCUUUGUGGUCCUGCUCUUGGGUUUGUAGAUGUUCGAUUUUUCGGGAUGGCCCUUGUUCCCUCUCCCAGUGUAUAUAUUCUAGAGAUGUUUUCACGAUGAUGAGCGGCAUCCAUUUUUAUCUAUGCAUUUAAUACACAUAUGAUCAC